GAUGGUGCGUUGCCAAGACUGCGAGACCGCCGGAUCCCUGAUGACCUUCUUCCUGGUUCUGGGUCUGGCGCUGGGAGCGUCUUUCUCCUUCCUACUGGGACGACUGGUGUAGACGACUGGGACGAGCAGACAGCGGGAAACUCAGACCGGGGACAGCACCCACAUGAGACCAGAUGACAGUUUCACCCUGUCGAAAACAGAGGACGCACCCAAGUUAAAGCACUUUGCAUUAGGACUCUUAUUUUGAAAAGAUUCAGAACAGUGAUGUUAGUAAAACCCAUUAGAGUCCGACCGAUAAAGGAUUUUAAGGCCGAUACCGAUACCAAUAUUUGGUUAUUUAAAAAUCCGAUAUGCCGAUAUAUCGGCCGAUAUUUAUAUAUUUAUUUUUUUAAAUCAAGAAACGCGUUACAAAACAUAUUUCCCUAACAUUAGUUAUUUGUAGUCAUUUAUGAGUUCUCACUAAAAUAAUAUGAUAAUUUGUUUUAUUGUCACAACAGAACAUCAAAAUAUAUUAAAGUUCUGAUAAUUAAAAUGUAUAAAAAUACAAACUUAAGAUAUGAAACUUAAAGUCCUUUGAACAAAAAAUAAUCAGCGUGUUGCCAACGGGGACGUUGGACAGCGUCCUCUGAGUGCACGUCAAUCACUAUUUUUUUACGUAUUUUUAUUUUUACGUAUUUAAUGUCUUCAUUUUUGUAUGCAUUUUUAUUUUGUAUGUUUUUUGUAUGUAUUUUCAUGUACUGUUUUGUCUUAUAAAAGAUAAUUUUUGGUAUUUUAGGCCUUUAUUUAUAUUAUUUGGGACGGGACGGGACAUGAAGCAAAUGAACCUGCGGACAUCUGCUCCAUGUCUAUGUCCAUGUCCACCUCCAUGUCCACCUCCAUGUCCACCUCCAUGUCCACGUCCACGUCCAUGUCUAUGUCCAUGGGCGUGCGCUCUACCAGAUGAUAUACCCCAGGCGCCAUUUUAUGUUUUUUUAAUGUACAGAAUUUUGAAUGUUCCGGGGCCCCUUGCACGAAAGUAGAAUGAAGAUAUCCAAGAUAUCAGUUGCAUGUUCGCCGAGCCAGGAUGAACAGGUGGAGCUAUGUCCAGCCAGGUGUAGAUAACCAGGAUGAACAGGUGGAGCUAUGUCCAGCCAGGUGGAGAUAACCAGGAUGAACAGGUGGAGCUAUGUCCAGCCAGGUGGAGAUAACCAGGAUGAACAGGUGGAGCUAUGUCCAGCCAGGUGGAGAUAACCAGGAUGAGAAGUGAAGCUAUGUCAGCCAGGGUAGAUAGCCGGGAUGAACAGGUGGAGCUAUGUCCAGCCAGAUGUAGAUAACCAGGAUGAACAGGUGGAGC